AUGAUGUCAAUCAAACUACUCCUCCCGCUUUUCAUGUUGAUUGUGCUGCAAAGCCAAGCGGUCUAUAGCGUGUCGCGCCCGGCAAAAUGUCCUAACGCAGAUCAUGCGCAGGCUAUAUGCGCUCGUCUGAUCUACGACAACGGCUCAUUGGUUGGAUUCCAUGCGCAAAAAGGGGAACAAAUCGACGACUGGUUUCAUUGCGCUUACGUUGCUAAAAACCAGCAACCUCGACCCAACAUCAUCAACAUGUGCUGUAGUACCGAUUUCAAACUUCCCUCAGCUUCCAAAAUUCAACUCGUGCCAAUCGGUGUGGAAAAUUACGGCGAUAAUUGUUUCAACGCCAAAAGUUUUUGUUAG